UGACGAAAGACCCCAAACACCAUGUACCGGAAAGUUUGGAUUGCUUGAAGUAAACAUUGGAAUUAAAGCUACAAUUCCGGCACUUUCAGCUCUUUCAGUGCAAAGAAGAUGAACAACAUGUCUCCUGAGGUGGCGCUGCACCGGAUCUCACCUGAGCUGCGUCCGCUGCUCUGCAGCGUGUUGAGAAACGGCCGUGUGGGACUGGACUCCACAAACUGCCUCCGGGUCACAGAUCUCAAAACUGGAUGUACGUCCCUCACUCCCGGACCUUGCUGCGAUCGCUUCAAACUGCACAUUCCCUAUGCUGGAGAAACCCUGAAAUGGGACAUCAUAUUCAACGCACGGUAUCCAGAAUUACCUCCAGAUUUUAUUUUUGGGGAAGAUGCUGAGUUUCUGCCAGAGCCCUCAGAGCUGCCACACCUUGUCGAGUGGGACGCCGGGAACCCAGAAUGUUUGCUCCAGCUGGUGAAGGAGCUGAUCCAGCAGUACCAUCAGUACCAGUGCCAGCGCCUGCGCGAGAGCUCCCGGCUGCUCUUCGAGUACGACAGUCUGCUCGAAGAUCCCAACUACGGACGCAACAUGGAGAUCUACGCUGGGCGUAAGAACAGCUGGACUGGAGAGUUUUCUGCCCGUUUCCUCCUCAAACUCCCGGUGGACUUCAGCAACAUUCCUGUCUAUCUAAUGAAGGACACAACGAUGGACCCAGGAGAGGAUAUGGCCCUUCUCUCAGUGAGCUUUGAGGAUGCUGAGGCCACCCAGGUCUUCCCCAAACUCUACCUAUCCCCCGGCAUCGAACACGCUCUGGGAGACUCCUCGGCUCUUCACAUCCCAGCCUUCCCCAGCGGAGGAUGCCUAAUUGAUUACGUCCCUCAAGUGUGUCAGCUCCUCACCAACAAGGUGCAGUAUGUCAUCCAGGGCUACCACAAGAGGAGGGAGUACAUCGCCGCCUUUCUCAGCCACUUCGGGAUGGGCGUGGUGGAGUACGACGCCGUGGGAUUCACCAAACUCACCCUGCUGCUCAUGUGGAAAGAGUUCUGCUUCCUAGUGCACGUGGACCUCCCGCUGUACUUCCCCAGGGACCAGCCCACCCUCACCUUCCAGUCGGUGUACCACUUCACCAACAGCGGGCAGCUGUACUCUCAGGUGCAGAAGUCGUAUCCGUACAGCCCGCGCUGGGACGGCAACGAGAUGGCGAAGAGAGCCAAGGCAUACUUCAAGAGCUUCAUCCCACAGUUCCAUGAGGGAGCCUUCGCCAACGGGAAGCUCUAGUACUCUCUAGCUAAAUGACAUGCCUGAAGGGUAGCCUGCGGGAGUGUGUCUGUGAGUGAGCGCGUGUGUGUGUGUGUGUGUCACCGUGUACCUGUGCACCAGUAUACCUGCAGACUUCCAUUUGUGAAAUAUACCGACGCCGCAGCCGUACAGUGAGAAUAACAGCGUGUUGAUUGCACAAACACGGUGAAUCCCUCGCCAUCUGACCCUGAGAUGGUCCAGUCAGGACGUUCAGAAGAGAAGCCACGGCUUCUUCAGUUCAGACAUCAGAAAAUAGAAAGAUUGAUCUCAACAAUCAAUCCUUUCAUUCUGUAAAGAACCUCCAAACUGACGGGAUCCUGGUGUGACAGGCUGCACUGUACCGUUUGGCUUUGAACUGGCAGUAAAUACUCUCGACUUGUUUUAUUGUGCCAAUGUUUCUCUGACUUCAAAGAAGUGAACCCGCAAGUCCGGACUCACAGCAACACUCCGCCCUGACGACCUGUGAUGUAAACACACAUUUGUAUACUUGUAAAUCGCCAGGAGCCGGUGGGACAAUGCAAAAUAUUUUUGUUUAUGGUUUGUUUGCCUCCGUCAGGCACAGGAUCGCCGACGUUCAUGCGAUCGGGGACUUUUCCUUCGGUUGUUCGACAUGCUGUGUGUUAUUUCUUUUAUCUACUUGAAGUCUUUUACUGACAUGUUGACAGGACUGGAAGUAACUGACUAAUGUGUUUGGACACGAUUUCUAAUAAAUAAAAAGAAUGUCUUUC